AUGUUAAAGUUAACAACAACAUCCGUUACUUUCCACGUACUAAGAUAUUUCCAACUUGGCUUAUCUGUAACUAACUUGUUGUUAGCUAGUUUUGCCAUAAUCACAAACUAUAAAGUGGAUCGAAUCCUUAGAUUGAGCUUAGCUGUUUCAAUCAUAUCUUCAGUUUAUUUUGGGAUUGUGAGAUUUUUGCCUGUUCUGUUAAUAUUCGUGAUGGAAAUUGUUCAGACCGUCCUGUGGUUUACCGCUUUCGUAACUCUAGCUUCAAAAUUUGGUUCUAUGUCCUGCUCAAGUAUGCCACGGGGUAUAAACUUUGAUUAUUCAGGUUCUUGUAAGAUUGCUAAAAUAGAUAUUUUACCAGAAGCCGUUUUAUUCAUACUAUUUCUCGCUACCACAUAUGCUUCUUAUAUCACAGUCCUAUCUCAAGCUAAGGAAAAUGGGUCAAGCACAAGAUCUGUUUUGAAGGCUUGUGUGAAGGCAUUACGUGAUACCGUGGACCGCUUGGAGACCAGUCUGGAAGAGAGUGAGCCUCUUUUAGAUCUUGAAGUUCAGGAAGAUGCGAGGACUGAAACCGAAAGCAUUGAGGAUUCAACUGAUAGUGAGGAUAAUGCUAACAUCGAACAAGAGAAAGUGAUUGAUGGUUCAAUUGAGCAUUCUUCAUGA